AAAUGAAAUCUGGUCGCUGUUGGUUCGUAGAUGGCUCGCCUCACCAAUACACACUCAAUCAUGCACUAUAACUGGCACUGAAAUUAAAAUAAAUGAAAAUAGUGUAUGUGACUCAGUUAUUAGUAGGAGAGGAGUUCCGAAAUCCGAAAAGAGGGACAUUUUCAGGGAAAUAAAAUCUGCGCCACUCGUUAGUCAUUAGUACUAAAUAAGUUUAAAGUAGGAUAUUUUGUGUAUCACAAGAGUAAUUUCAUUUCUCUAUUUUGGGUUUCAUCAAUACUGAAGUUAAUUAAUCUAACCGCGUGAAUUAAUCACGAUUGAAAUACGACUUUCACAUAAGUGAAGAAAGGAGUAUGAUUACUUAGCAAUUAACAAAGAAAAUAAUUAUUCAAUCCACAAAAUAAUGUAUCUAUAGAGUAAAGAGUAUGUGUUAUAGGAUUCCUCAGCGUAAGGUGUCGACUCCCUUUGCCACUGAACCACAACAACCAAGAAUAAAGAGUGUGUGUUUGAAGCUUGAACAAGAUGAGAGCUCAAAGCGAUAAAACAGAAGACUAAGACACAAAAUAACCCGACAAAAAUAAGACACUUUGAGAAGCAAGCUAAGAAAGAAGCGCACACAAGACUUUAAUACAGUUUACCGAUAUUAAAAAAGAAUUGCUUUUGGCCGAGUUAGUAACUCGGAAUCCACUAGAUUCAUGAUAGUGUUUACAAUGCAAGAUAACAAGUAUCCCACACCAAUGCUCUUCACUGGCGCCACUUAAUAUAAAUACCUGUUCUGUAGCCUAAGAGAAUACACAAUGUGAUAAGUUUAUACUCACACAACUAUUCUCUCCUAUACACUAUCACUAUUACAAAAAUGAUUUCCCAUUCUUAACUCUCUCUAUAUACCUUCAGAGUAAACUAGAGUUGUCCUUGCUGACAUUUUCAAACUUCAGACUUGUUCAUCACGUUAAUAGUUCCACAGUAAGUAAUGCAAGUAUUUGUAUUCACAUAAGUAAAUGGGAAAAUAGUUGAAAAAUAUGCAAGUCCUUUUAUAUCUUCAUUUGUCUUUGGUUACCAAGGUUUCACAUUGCCAUCUCAUGCUGGUGUUGCGGCAUUGUCUUCCUUCAGCUGUUAGUAUUGACAUGGAUUUAGACCUUAUACCAUUUUGGUGUGUCUGUAGUUUUUUUUUUUGGAUGUAUUUGUAGUUGAUGUGUAUGGUAGUGUAGGUUCUUUUGCAACAUAAUCACGUACGGUUUGGUCAUGUGCCUCGACUUUAGUUCUGUUGGUGUCUCUACAUAUUGGUUAGGUCUAUCUGUUGUUCUUGGAUUUGACUUUUUACUUCACUUUCACGAGUUUUAGGAAUUCAAUUUUGUUGUAUCUGAUUAAGUUUUAUUUGUCUCAGAGCUUGCAGUUUUUUCUAAUGAUCGAGAAGGUAGGUAAAUAUAGACAAAGUGUCUAAUUAUAUAUCUGAUUAUGUGGAUAUAAUGUCUAAAUUGUUUGAACUAGAAACCAGAAUGUAUGAAUUUUCAUCAAAAUAAAUUAUAAAAAUAGAAAAUGAGAAAAUAAAAGAUGAAAAAAUCAGUUUUUAUACAUGCUUGAAAACUCUUUUUACACAUGCUAUAUUUUAUUAAUACAUAUUUUAAAAAAUAAAAUUCAAUACUCCCUCUGUUCCUGAAAGUAGGAUGUUUUAUAGAAUUUUGAUGUUUCAAUAUAUAAGAUGUUUUCAUUUUUCUAGGUAACUUUUACUUUAUUAAAAACUAUGUAUCCAAUCAUAUUUUAAUAAUCUAUUUUGUAAUUGGUUGAAUAUUAUUAAUUUAUAGUUUUAAUGAUAUUUUUUUAGACAAAAAGUAGUUUUCUUAAUAUGUGUGUUUCUACUUAAACAUUUUAUAUUUAAGAACAGAGAGAGAGAGAGUAUUAAUUAACUCUGUUGAGUCUCUCACCAAUAUGUUCUGAGACCUUUUAUUCUCUCUGAAUAGACCUUAUAUAUUAAUUAAAUGGUACUGUAAUACAUCAUAUUAUGAAUUUGAAAGCUAAUGUUAUCCGAUAUUUGAAUGUCUAAUCGUGGAAGGCUGUCCCACACAUGUGGCUUUAAUGAAUGCUAUAACCCGACAGAUGGUGUACAACAAGUUGUUUUGUUUGGAUUUGGUUGGAAUGAAACAAGUGACACUUUGAUACCCAAAAGCCGCCGCAAAUGCUAACAUGUUUUCGGGAAGGUUUUAAUGAUCUUUGGAAUUUUUUACGGUCCACGCAUAUGUUAUGUCCGUUCUCUUCCAGACGAGAGAUCACAGCAUCUUCUACCCAUUAAUCUUCUUAUUAUCUUGUUUUUGAUGUACCGCUGAUUCCAACUUUUCCUCUUUUCUGUUUAGAACUUUAGACUUUGACCCUUAAUAAUUUACUUGUAGUAGCUCAAAAAGGAUCUAAGAGAUCAUUGACUUUGUUUCUGUCAACGGAAUUCAUUGACUUUAUAUGCUUGAGUAUGAGAGCGUAUAUAAAGUAUAUACACACCAUCAUUUGGAUGCUCAUGCACUAGCCUAAUCAGUAUUAUAUAAGUUUAUUACUUCUCUGUGUAGUUGGACAUUUGCCUAUGUCAGAGAUGAAAAGCUUGUUUACCUUCACGCUGCCAUAACCAUAAGGUCCAUAACCGGUUUUGAGUCAAAUUUAAUAAAUAGUUUACAUAAACAUAAACCUUCAAAUUUGUAAAAAAAAAAAAUAUAAAAACUUUUACUAAAUUACAUAUAGCCCUAAAAUCUCCCGACGCAUAAUAAGUCAUUCUUAUGGGUGGAAUUUCUUAAGAAUUUCCUUAUUGAUUUAAUCUCGAAUUAAUAAUGAACAUUCUUAGAUUUACAAUUCCCAAAAUUAUACUAUUUGUAAAGUACAAGGGGUAUGUUUUCUUAUACACGCUUCGACCUAGCAUUUAUAGACUAAGUAAGCCAACACAAUUCCUCCAUGUGAAAGCUGGUGAAAGAAAAACAUAUACAUGUGUAGGUUCUGCAUUUAUACAAGCAACACUGUUUAAAACAAAAAUUGUAAGAAAAGCACUGUUCCUUUGUUUUUUUGAUAAAAAUACUAUGCCUCUAAAUAAUGUCACUUUAAUACUCCAAAAUCCGAACAAAUCUAAACCAUUAAAAUUAAUGAUUAAUAUAACCCAUUUUCGGAAAAAGAUAACUCAAUUUUAAAUAUUUUUUAUAUACACAACAUGUUCUAAUCUUAUAGAAUAAAUAGAAUCGCUAUUUUUGUAAUACAUUUAAAAACAAAUGGGUAUUUUAUAUAAUAAUUUCCUGAAAAAAGAAUAAAAAAAUAAACAAAAGAGGACGAAAGAGAGGAUCCAAUUGAAAAUCGGAUAGGAUCUAAUACUAAAUCAAGGCUGUGUUGUUGUUGUCUGGUCAAAAAGAAAAAAAAAACUUGGGAUUUUGAUUAGAUCCUUCAAGAACUUCAUUUACAUUGGCAACUCCCAAAGGCCUUCUUUCUCUCUCAUUAGAUUCGAAUCUUUUACUUUUCACAUGAUCAUCAUCACGAGAUCCUCUCCUCUCCUUCUUCUACUUGUUUCUCCUCCUCUCAACUCAAAACGUUAAUCUCUAACUCAACCCUUGUCUGAACAACAGCAAAAACAACAACAACACAGAGAAUGGCUGGUACAUCUACCAAGAGGUUCCCUCUCUAUGCAAAGGACUAUGAGCUCUUCGAAGAGGUGGGCGAAGGUGUUAGCGCCACCGUGUACAGAGCCAGGUGCAUUGCUCUUAACGAAAAUGUCGCCAUUAAGAUCAUGGAUCUUGAAAAAUGCAGAAACGACUUGGACACGAUACGGAAGGAAGUCCACAUAAUGAGUUUAAUAGACCAUCCGAACCUGUUGAAAGCGCAUUGCUCUUUCAUCGACCGUAACAGCUUGUGGAUUGUGAUGCCUUACAUGUCGGGCGGGUCAUGCUUUCACCUCAUGAAGUCUGUUUAUCCAGAAGGUCUGGAACAGCCUAUCAUCGCUACUUUGCUUAGAGAAGUGCUCAAGGCUCUUGUUUAUCUCCAUAGACAAGGACACAUCCACAGAGAUGUUAAGGCUGGAAACAUAUUGGUUCAUUCAAGAGGUGUGGUUAAGCUUGGAGACUUUGGAGUUUCAGCGUGCAUGUUUGAUAGUGGUGAAAGGAUGCGUACAAGGAACACGUUCGUUGGAACUCCUUGCUGGAUGGCACCUGAGGUUAUGCAGCAAGUAGACGGAUAUGAUUUCAAAGCGGACAUAUGGUCGUUUGGCAUAACUGCACUAGAGCUCGCUCAUGGUCAUGCCCCAUUUUCUAAAUAUCCACCUAUGAAGGUGCUGCUAAUGACCUUACAAAACGCUCCUCCUCGUCUUGACUAUGAGAGAGACAAGAAGUUCUCAAAGUCGUUUAGAGAGUUAAUCGCAGCCUGUUUAGUAAAAGAUCCAAAAAAGCGUCCAACCUCAGCAAAGCUUCUGAAACACCCCUUCUUCAAACAUGCUCGGUCUACAGAUUAUCUGUCCCGUAAGAUUCUCCACGGUCUUUCUCCACUUGGUGAUCGUUUUAAAAAGCUCAAGGAAGCAGAGGCUGAGUUGUUUAAAGGCAUAAAUGGUGACAAAGAACAGUUAUCUCAGCAUGAGUAUAUGAGAGGAAUCAGUGCUUGGAACUUUGAUCUGGAAGACUUGAGGAAGCAGGCAUCACUUGUAAGUAAGAAUCCAGAUAGUGAAAUGUGUAGUUCAGAGGUUGGGGAUGACGUACCAAAAAGAAAGCCAAUGGUGCAAAGGUCAAAGACUAUGUCUCUGGACAUGUUCAAGAUCUCUGAUAAGGAUCUGAUGAUGAGUUCGAGUAAUAGUCUAACGUACGGUGCAGUACUACCUUCCUUUCAUCGCAAGUUCCUCCCAGCUAUAGGAUAUCAAGUUGGCACGUUUUCUGAGGAAAGAAAAGCACGUCGUGAAAGAAUUGCAGAGUCCCUCGCUCUUGAUGAGCCACAUCAACCAAAAGAACCAUUAGCUGAUACCAAACCGAUACUCUCUAUUGAAGAUCCGCAUCAAUUAGGAUCAUUAGGGGAUACCUUGCAGACGCUUGCUCUUGAAGAACCAUUAGGGGAUACCAAGCAAAUGGGAAAAGCAGGAAGUGAGCCGGAGAAACCAAAGAAUGGCUACACAGUUAGUCCUGUGAAUCAGGCGUCUUGCACAGCUACUGAGAUACUCCCACUGUUACAGAGUCUCUUGGUUCAGAAUGACAUUCAGAGGGAGAAAGUCAUUAGAUUAAUUAGAUUUUUUGAUCCAAAUGCCGAAACUGAAAAUCCAAUCUCAAAAACAAUCCAAGGAGUCCAGAUAUAUAAAUCAUCAAGGGAGAGAGAAUUACAAUCUCAGGUUGAUUUCUUGGAGAAAAGUGUUGAGAUUCUUGUAGAGGAAGUGAAGAGAAGAAAAGAAAUAAAUGAUCAGCUAGAAGGACAGAUCAGAUCUCUAACUAGUAGCAGCAGCAACAGCCUUCCUUGAGCUUUUGUCUCUUCCAACAUGAGGAUAAUAAUUAUUAUUUUUGUCUGUAUUAAUUAUUUAAUUGUUAUUAUAUAUCAUAAUUCCGUAGAAUCACAGUUGCUGUGAAUCCCAUAUUCAUAUUCCUCUAAUCAAAUCAGAAAUCGACAAGCGAGAGGAGGUAAUCUGAUUGGACUAUUUAACAAAGUCUAUUUAAAGUGUUUUUGUACGUAA